CGUGAACAGCAUCGCCCUUAAUAGUGUCACCACGUUGCCCAAGAAACGUUAAAACUAAAAAAACAAAAGCAUCAAAAUGGAAGUCAACUCGCGCGUGUGGUCCGACACGCUGUCCCCCGGGCAAAUUCAGCCUUUUUCCGUAAAGGCUGUGCAAAGCGACGGCAGUGUGGAACUUGCAGCUACGAACUCCGACGCAACCCGAGUAGUGCUGGCAGCCGGUAAAGUCGCAACGACGUGCUAUCCGAAGCCGGCGGGAAAAUCGAGCAGGUACUAAAUUGGAAGCGCAUGAUAGUAAUUCUAGUAGAUUCAUCACUGUAAGUAUGAUUUGGAUUGCCGUUCAUCGGCAUAGUGCUUCGGCAUUUGUUUUUGAUCGCCAAAUGUGAUCAAAAAAACGCAAUCCACAGCUCGCACGAUGUGGCAGAUUGGAGCGACGAGAAGACCAAGGGCACUUCCAUCGCCAAAAUCCGGGAAGGGCUGAUCGACCGCUUCGCAAAGGGGUUGCUUUUUACCAAAGCCGGGCCGCGCAUUCUUCUGCAGGUGAACCCGAACCGACGCAGGAGGGAGUUGUACACGUCCGAAGUGGCGGAGAAGUACAAGAAGGACAGCAGCACGACAAAGAACCUCCCCCCGCACCUCUUCAGUUUGCGCAACCAGGUCGUAUUUGAUACGAAUAAAACAAGUACAACUUCUUCUAUCAAGCCUAGUGAUCCCAAGUGCAUUUUCUUCCUCACCCCCGGCCCCGGCGGCGGCGCUUCUUUUGCGUUUGCAAAAACCGCCGCGUUCCUCGCGGGUACCGAUCUCGUGGCGGACGCGCACACGCUUCUGCAGCACUUUGUCGGUGUGCGCAACCGCGCGGACGCCGCCAGUCCCGGGUCGGAGACCGAUGGUCUUGUCGGUCCGGACUCCUCGUCGCGCGAUCCGGCGCCCGCGCUGGCGACCGAGGCGGAGAUCGAAUUGGAACUGAGCGGUCUGACUUUGGAGAAAAACCAGGCGACGGCUGCGAGUUUUCAAAUCCGGAACUUGACAAUGGAGGACACCUUGCUCCACCUCGACCAUGCCGAAGACCGGACGCGCCGCACGUUCGACAUUUUCUACCACUACCUGGUCUGGCUGGAGUUCAACGAGGCGCCCUUCGUGGACGCCGAGCACACGAGCUUCCCCCGCGUCCUCGGGGGGGACCACUUCCGCAGCGACAGCGUCGACCGCCCGCUGCUCGACGAGACGCUGAUUUUGUUCGACAUCUUCAAGCUAGACAAGGACUUGGUCUUCCGCAGAUUGGACCUGAUCCUGUGGCUGUCGGGGUUGCUGGACCGCAUUCACGACGAGGGGGAGCACAUGGACCAGGAAACGUGGGAGAACCUGCACGAGUGCUACGUGGAGGCGUUGACAAACCAGAUUCCGGUCGAGAAAUUGAAUAAAGAGACGCUGCCUGCCGGGGUGUCCGACGUCUCCAAAUUCAUCGAGGUCUUAGCCCCACCGGCGGACAUAAGCGACGCAAAUAGUCCCGCGUUGGUAAACUGGCGGCAAGAGGUGCGGUUGCUGUGCGAAAACGUGUACUCCUCUGUCGUGCAGCACGUGUUGGAGAAAGUGAAUGCGCAUCUGGCAGACCAGAUCGGAGUAAAAGUGAAAAAGGCCGGCACGACCACGGUGACCCUCGUCGACGGGGGAAAUCUCGGUCGGUUUUACAAUGCAGGUGGAUCUGGUGCAGCGGCGCCGAGCAUCCAGGGUCUGUUCCAGAACCUCCGCGCGGACGCGGUCCUGGCGAAUCUGCGAUCACCGGGGGAUGCCAAGAUCAUGCAGGUUUGCGCUGCGGCUUACGACAAGGCCGUCGCGUUUCUGAAAAAUGCGGGAAGAACUGCUUCCGUAGAGCAGAAAAUUCAGCACGUGGACGGGGCGACGCGAGUCUACAAAGCCGAGAGGGAACUUUUGCUUCGCCUGGAACACGAGUCUUCCCCCCUGUGGAUCGAGGACACUCUCCUACCGGAUUUCAGCUACACGAUUGACACGCUCGAGGACGACAUCGACCGGGUCCACGCGCUCGCAGGAGCCGUGACAACUUUCUACGUCUUGUGCCUGCGUGCGAACGACGGACACUCCGGCCGGCUGCUCGUGCCACAGAUCAUUGAUCGACAGCUGCUGGAUUUCGGGCUGAGUGGGAACCUGACGGCUCCCGUCAGAACUUCGAGUAAAGGUUCGUCGCCCCGCGGUGUGUCACUAUCUUCCGGGAAGCAGGUCGCGGGGGUUGUUGGAGCGCGAAGAAGCUCGUCAUCAUCCUCGCCGCGAGCCAGUCGCAGUCGGCAAUCGAGCAAAAGCCAAGUGUCCACGAAACCUUUGUCCGCGGAAGAGGAUACUUUUCUGCGUCGCGCACAACGGUGGAUGCGAGCCGCGAACGAGAAACGCGAGCUGCGGGCGCUGAAGAACGACAUUAUCACCGCCACCGACCGUGGGGACAUCACGCGAAUGCAGGCAUUGCUCAGCUACUGCUACGCACAGCGCAUCCGCUGGCCGGAGGUGCGACGAUGCGCCCAAACAUUUGGCAUGCUGGCCCGGUAUCGGGGGUACGGGAUCCCGCCCGAGUGGGACUUCUUUCUACCAAGCUUGGGCGCGGCAGGAGCACCAGUGGGGAGCGAAGCCGGGGGUGGGAGUGCAAGCUCUACUUCUGCCGCCGGGGCGGGAGCGUCAUCAAAUGCUCGGAGUAGCGAGAGGAAAGAGCUGCUGCCGGCAAGCGUGGACGGCAUUGUGGGCAGUGCCGCGCGAGAAGCUGCACCUAAGGCCGAAAGCAAGUCUGAAUCGACUAGCUUUGUGGUUGACAACACUGCUACACCCCGUUCUGACGGAGCGUACAACGCUAUUCCUCUGCGAAAACUUUCCCACUCCUCCAGUGUGGCGAGCCAGCGCGCAAGUGGAACCGCCAUGACGGGCAACUUAAAAGCAGGCGAGCCACCCGACGAGCUGAUGCAAGACGAGGUGUUUGUGCAAACGCUGGCCGAGCGGGACGCCGCAAGGGAAAAGACCGAGGAAUUGCAGCAGCUUUUGCACGAGAAGAGACGGCAACUGAAGGAGCUGAAGAGCGAGGUGAGCACUGAGGAGCGGGAAGUCUACCUGCGAAAGCAGCAGACAUUGGAAACGCACUUGGAUCGGCUGAGCCGCAUCACCAAAGCGUUGCUGCCGUUUGCAGACACGGUUUUGGCGAGACGGGACCAAUCGAAGGAGCUGGCCGUGGUGAAAGAGUACUUGCAAACCGUGCUGAGCCAGCAGAAGCAUCCAGUGCCUUCGUCGCUGGAAACCAUCCAGCCCGUCGAUCUAGAGUUGGACUACGAAAGACGGAAGUUUGCGGAGCCGUGGCGGUGACGGAACUUAGGAUCUGUACUAGCUGAACUGUUUUCCUUCUGAUGUUUGCAAGGACAACUGCCAAGCAAAGGAAAUGAGUGCUGACGCUAGAAACCUUGGAACCGAUAUUGCGUUCUUCCGGGUGAUUUCUCCCAGGCAGUAUGGCAAAGUUCUAAGAACAAGCACAGAAAGCGUAGAUCCUAC